CCGGAUGUUGUAGGAGUGCAGCUGAUCCAGAAUGAUGAGUGCCGUGAGCAGACGUCACAACUCGCGGGGGCCAGCAUACAAGAAAGCUGCGUCGAAGAGGAAAUAAGUCCUACUCCACCACAACUCGAACUGCCCUGCCUGCUGCAGACCAGUGCUAGUGCACCAAAACUUCUUCGUCCGAAGAUGCAACUCGAUGGGGGAGGACCAGGACCAGAAGUUGUCACACCAGCAGGCCGCUUUGCUCAUGCUCCACAUCAAGACGAAUCGGAGUCGGAC